UGUACGCAGUACGUUGAUACAAUUAUGGUGCUUCAUAGCUAGCGCUUCAAAGCCGUUCAAGGGCAAUGUGUCCAUGAAACUUGGAAGCAUUCGCGUGCAUCACAUGUAAAGAUAACAUUUUCAGCCUGUUUUUCACAUUUGUAGCUGCGUUUCCUUCGAGGAAGGGGCUUACAUGGAUGACGAUUUGACUACAGUCACCAGCAUUUACAAAUAUGUCUGGGAGCUGUAUGUGAGGCGUAUGCAUCACAGUUGAUUUUGUAGGAGCUCUUUUAAACAGCCAGGUUUUUGCCCGCACUCUGAUGUGAUAGCAUUUAUAAUCCCUGCCACUAGUUUAUCACCUGCCAAAGACAAGAAAUCCUUCACCUCAGAGCUGAUAAAGAGCAUGGGUUGUGGGAGUUCGCAGAGUGCAUCCACCUCAAGUCUCGGCUCGGCAAGUGACAAACCGAAAAAGGGCAGCUCAUCCACAUCACUACGGAAACAGGUUCUGAUAACACAGAGUGAGCCCAAGCCCCGUGACGUUGACAGCCAGUCCCUGGGUGGGGACAAUGCCGGGCAGAGGGCGGACAGUCGGAGCACUUGCAGGGACAGUGGGAUAGACAGUGCCAAGACCAGUGACGGCAGAAGGGGCUUAAGACAGGCUUCAUUGCAGUCAGCAGGCCAGGGGGAUCAGAGUAGGGGUGAUGGAGCAGAUUCCAGACAGAGAGCUGUACCGACGCCAGUUGCCUUUGAAGUUGUGAUGGGAGAAAACAGGGGACAGAGCAUAGUUAAACAGCACCCUCCAAAACGGUUACAGUUGAAACUGUUGGAAGGGAGCGAGCCCAAGGUGACAGCAGAGAUGUUGGCAGAACGACAGCGAGUGGCCGAAGAAAGAAGAUUGGAGGAGCUUCAGAAGAGAGCCAAGAGUGCCAAGAAGACAUCGAGGAGACGGAAAGAUAUCCUGGCAGCUAGAGAGUUUGGAGACAGUCAGACAGCUGAAGCCCAUCAGAAGAAGCUUGAGGAGAAAAACCACUCAGCUGAGAAGAACCGAGCCAGGCACCAGGCGGAGAUCCAGGCCAAGCAGAGGAUGCGAGAGCUGAGGGCGGCUCAGGCCAGGGAGAAGGCCAGACGGCUCAACGAGGCCGUGGAAGAUGAAGCUCACUUUGAUGUGGAGAAAGACGAGACAUUCAAUGCCGAUGAUGAGUCAGACUCGUGGCUCGAUGGUGCCAACAACGCCAACCCCCUGGAUGUCAAGGGGUCGGCCUCCACGAACAACUCAGAGCGGAUCUAUGAUGGUCGCAGCAGUCCGACAAAAAGAUUCCAGCCACUGUCGAGUGCCGAGGUCCGACGUAGGCAGCACAGCCUGGGCAGUGACAGUGAAGACGAUUCAGGGAGUGCGGCCAACCAGUGGGCGAGUCACGCAUCCAACAACACCGGUACUCAGGACUUCUUCGAUACAUAGGCAAAUUCACCUCAGUCAAAAUCUGUAAAAUAGAAUGUAUAAAGUGUAUAUACAAAUGAAAUUUUCUGUUAUGCGAGUGUCAGCCCGGGCUGGAUGACAUGUAAAUGUGCAGGGAUUCCCCAUGUCAUAUCACUGAGGACGUUGAUUCCAGUAACAUCUGUAAGUAAUGCUGCGUGAUGUCUGUACGCGUACUUGUCCCCAAGCUUGUGCAGUUGGGUGUUGUACACAUGUACAAGCUCGAACUAAUUCAUAAAGGUUGAGUCUGUGGAGAGCCCUCAAGUAUCACUGGGCCACGGCAGGAUGUUUGUAGCAACUGUCACUCCGCAACAAAGUCUGAUGUGAUGUGAAAAGUUGUGCAGAUUUUGACAGAAGAGCUACCAAGGGUCAGUAUUUACCAGGGACUCUCCUUGUGGUAUCUUGUUAAAAAAAAAUCAGUAUUUUUGACCAAAAAUAUUACCACUCCCAGGACAAGUGCAACAUGGAAUAAUGUCGAAAAGUGCUUAUUAGAUUGCCAUCUUUUUUGUGCCAUCUGGUCAUUUGUAGAGAUUUCAAUUGCACAAAAGAAUGUACCAUUUUGUUUUCACUGAAUAUGGAACUUUAUCAUUUGUACAUCAUCUGUGUCUCUUCCUUCCCCCCUUGGAGGGAGGUUAAGAUUCAUCUGUGUCAUCACCUGUCGUCCAUUUCGCUUCUGUCUGUCAUAAACUGUUAGCCAGUCAUGAAAUGAAAUAAUCGUGCGAGAAAAUUAAUUUUUAUGCAUGUGCCAUUAAAUUUUCUGGAAAAAAAUUUGUUGAUGUAGUGUACAGAUAAUAUUUUCAAAUGUUAGAGUGAAUUUACAUUGUAAAAGGUUAAAGUAUAGUACCUGUACUUUAUAUGGCAAACAAAAUCUUUCAGCUGUUAUUGAUAACAUCUAAAGGUCGUUUCAAAAUGAUCAACUCUUUUUCAAACGAAGCUUUUUCAAUGAUCAUUUUUUUAAUCCGGUCAUAAAACCAAAGAGUCCUUUGUAGACAAUCUGUUUGUAGAACUCUGUUCAGAUCAAUCACCCAUCGCUGGUUAGGGCCAAUUGUUUUCAUAUAACUUUUGUGAAGGGAGCACAGGUGUUGCUAAGCACCACGGGUACUGCCUUAAUUCAUGUACAUUCUGUUCACAAGUGUACAUGUAUGGAAGUGUUCUCCUCACUAAUAUACAUCUUUGUUCAAAUAAAUUUGUCCAAUAAGGUCUUAAAGAAAGUACAUGUACAUCUUGUGUUGAGAAAGGCACCAGGUACUAGCCAUUGAAUUUAUCACAGGCAUAACUGAACCGUCUAAUUCACAAGGGUACUUUUUUUAAAACUGGGUUUCAUCUCUGUAUGUGGCUUCAGCUUCCACCUCUCUGAUUUUAUUUCUUUGAGAAUUAGAGUUGAGCUCAGGUUUGGUAGGUUUUUUGGCUUAACAAAAUAAAACCUUAAACACAAAUCCAAAGAUGGGAGUGUCUUAAGUUUGGUUUUGGACAUGAUAUUGAAUGAUUCCAGGGUGGGAGUGAAGCUGGAGCCACCGCCAGAAGUAAAUCCAAGCUCUGGGAAAGACCUAUGAGUCUUGUGCGAAAUGAAGUUGAUGAAGAAAUCUCCAGUUUCAGAGAUGUGUUGGGAUCUCAGCGUGGUGGCAGAGUUGUGGAAAAAAAUCACAAGCUACAGUGUGUGACUUGUGAUUUUUUUAUCUUUAAUAAUUAAAAGCAGUACAUAAAAACCUGUAAUUCUUAUUAACUCUCCAACCAUAUUGAAAAACACAGUGAAUAUACACAUCACUGUACCCAGAGCAGAAAUCUAGUAUGAAAUAAAUACAUUUUCUUUGGAUUGGUUAAGGUUCAUGGUAUUGAAUUGGUCAGAAAUACCAUACACUGAUUACUUUUCAAUCCUUAUUAAAAUGACAAGGUCUUUGUCAGAGAAAGCUCCUUUAUUCAGGUUUAUUACAUUACUAUUGAGUUUGAUCAACCUGAAUGCAGGUUCAUUCUAUAGGUUAUUUUGUAAUUUGUCCUCGAGCUUCUCUUCCUCAUAAACCUUUUUUUGGGGGGGGGGAAUUUGUUUGUGUUGGGAGAAUAAAAAUGGGUAAUUUGUCUGUCCUGGGGGAGUAAUGUACAUUAUGUAAUUAAAAGUUUCAAACAUUAAAAGUUUCAAAACUUUUACAUGUAAUUUUUGUUGCCGAAUUUGGACUGUUUACUUUUUUGUGCAGGGUUUGCAUCCAGCCAAAUUAUAAACUUAUUUAGCUUGAAAGAGCAUUGAUUAAGAUUUUGUUUUGUGUGUGCGUUACAAACAACUUCCGGGUUGUUUUUCAGGUAACUGCUUGGAUUUCUUUAUUGUAAACUUUCAAAGCUUCACUGCCAAAAGCAUACAAAAUUUAUGACAUAAAGUAGCCAAAUUAAUUACCACCAAAAAUAUUCCAGGAAAUAAAUAUGUAAAGAAGCAAGGAACAUGCAUGACAUAUAAAGCAUUCAUAGUGUUUUACCUGUGGAGACAUCUGAAAAAUCUUAUUUUGUGUCUUUUGAAUUAUAGUUUUACCAAGUUGUGUAAUUUUCCCAAACACCAUUGUUACAAGGCUAAUAAGACCUUGAUAGUAACAGGUAUUUUUAUAAGUUAUUUUAUUUAUUAUGUUACAUGUUUUUAAUGACCUGGUAAAUUUGAAACCAAAUUGCCAACAUGGGGGGGCUGAAAUAUUUCCCACCCUUCUCACAAUAUCUGGUCAAUGGCAUUUCAUUUUUAUGUACAUGGCCAUACACCAGAACUGGUUCAGAAACUAAAUCUGACUGCAAUUUCUGAAGAAAAGAGAUUACCUGUGUGUACUAAACACUAGAAAUCCUUUUCUCCCCUGUUUAAGAUGAACAUUAAAACUCACUGGCUGAUUUGCUGUGCGAAAUGA